AAUAUUGUGUAAUGCUUGUUUGUUUGAAACAGUGACAAGGUAAGAACCGCCAGUGAAUUGUCACGUUAAGGAUGGCUCCGACUGGGAAGACAGUAACUGGAUGCAAAAAGGCUAAAGCUUUGGAAUCCAUUAAUAGUUGCUUAGCUCUGGUGAUGAAAAGUGGGAAAUGUUCUAUUGGCUUACGGCAAACUCUUCGUCUCUUGCGCAAAGGAGGAGCGAGAUUAAUAAUUAUUGCCAACAAUGCUCCUCCAUUGAGGAAAACCGAAAUAGAAUACUACGCAAUGUUGUCAAAGACUGGUGUUCAUCACUAUAACGGAACCAACCGUGAUCUUGGAACUGCGUGUGGGAAAUACUACAGAGUAAGCACUCUAGCCAUCGAAGAUCCAGGUGAUUCUGACAUCAUACGUUCUGCGCCACACGAGGCGGAAACAAAGUAAUCUAAUAAAUUUUCCACGAAUCUUAUGUCUUCUCUCUUGGGAUUGGUUACAGAUAAGUAAUGUCAAACUUACUUUUCCGCUAAAACGCGUCUUGAGGGAGAUCGCAGGUUCCGUUAUGAUUUAAAACCCUACAUAUAUACAUAAUGCCGUCAUAAAAUCCGCAUGAUUCCGUCCUGUAAGGUUUCUAACAAGUUUUUUCCUACACUUUCUGCUGUUUAAUUUAAGAUUUAUUUCAAUGUCAGGAACGUUCGCAGGCUUCUACAUGAGUUGGUACAAAUAUAAAGCUUUUUAGGAAAGUGUCGUAAUGAUGUUGAGGGAAGUCCAAAUUUUUUAUGUUGGUCAGAUAACGUUGCUCGACAAAAGUGCCAUGUAUGACCAGGUAGUGCUACUUUUAGAUUGGUAGUGCUCCCCCUUUAGUACCUUAAUUUUGUGAACCC